GUUACAUUGGAGCACCUACCUAAGUCCUAUUCCUAUUACCAAAGUCAUCGUCUCUCUAGACCAAAAACCUCUCAUUUUGAAAUCUCGCUCUCCCUGUCCAAAGAAAGUAAAAAAAAAAAAAAAAGUAAAAAUGUCUGAAGGUGGUGGCAUGACUGUCCUAGACGGAACCCACCUCAGAUCUCUUCAGAUAUCCUUGCCGGACUCCGCCGUCAAUCUCAACGGAGCCGAGCUCCUUGAUUUUGCUGAUUCCAAAGCCUCGGAUUCCCUAUUUGGCCUCUCAUUGCCUCAAUCUCUCAAGUUCUCCGCUUUUCAACGCCUCAACAUCACUGAUGACGUCACUUUCCGGAAAACAGAACUCACUAGAGAAGCAGCAACUGAUAAACUCAAUCACUAUCUCACUGCCAUCGCUGACGAACUUAAAGAUAAUCCACUGGUGGUUUCUGUUUUGGAUGGGAAUACACUGAGGCUGUUUUUGGAGGAUGAAGAUGAUUUCGCAAUGUUGGCUGAGAAUCUAUUUACUGAGUUGGAUAUAGAAGAUAAAGGAAAGAUCAGCAAGUGUGAGAUAAGGAAUGCUCUUGUUAAUAUGGGAGUUGAAAUGGGUAUCCCUCCUUUUGAAGAACUUCCUUUGCUAAAUGACAUCUUAAAUAAGCACGGGGCAGAAGGAGAAGGAGAUUUGGGCCAAUCUCAAUUUGCUGAGUUACUUCAACCUAUUCUACAAGAAGUUGCUGAUACUUUGUCUCAAAAACAUGUUGUUAUUAUCCAGAAUAUUAAGAUAGUUAAUGGUUCUGAGCUAAGAAAGCUUUUGAUGACUGAGAAGAAACUGAACAAUGUCACAGAGAAGAUGCUGCAGGACAAGCGCGGCAAAAAGGCUGGCCAAAAUAACGCAGAGAUAAUUAGGGAUUUUCUUGAGGAAAAUGGAAAAGAGUUGGGCUUGCCAGCAUCAGAAGCCAACGAAGCAGUGGUUCUCCUCUACGAUGCGGUAUUCUCUGAUAUAAAGAAUGAAAAAUGUGCUGCAGAAUCAGAGGAUGAAUUUAAGGAACUUGUGAAGGAAAUCCUUGAGAAAUUUGCAGAGCAGCUUGAGGCCAAUCCUGUCUAUUGUGAUCUUGACAAUUGAGUUCCAAGUUGGUAUCUUCUGUCUAUUUGUUUGGGUGGCAGUAGCAGAAGUGAUUGCUGUUUGUGCAGCAUUACAUUAUCACCCUCUUGAUUUAAUAGUCAUAUAUUUUAUUCCAUUAAAAGUCUACAUGCAAACAUAUACGGAUGGGUACACAUUGUAAUGCCAGUCUUGUAUCUUGAUAUCAGUUCUUAUAUAACAUGCUUUGAUAUGAUUUUACAGA